GCUGGGAUCAAAACAGUUUGAAAGCCACUAAUGUGACACAUGAGGGUCAACAGUGAAAAAAACUGGACUUUUGAGUUCUUCCUUCCCCAAAAUAAGUAUCCCUUCAGUGCCAGGCUCAGUCAUGCAGACUCAGAAAACGAUUCGAGAGAACGGUAGAGAAGCACCGUGCCAGGUGUUCGGCUCGUCUCUGCUUAACACUGAGAUCCGCGGCCUUCUUGGGACACCACAAGAAUCAGAGUGCAAGCGGAAUGGAAAGGGCGAGCCAGCCGGCCCCAGCAGGCAGAAGCAGAGGCUUGCAGCUAGGCUGUUGAUCCUUGGGGAAGCAAGCCCAAGCCCUGGGCCCCAUCAGUGGGCACUGAGAGGCGCCAGCGGCCCAGUCUCCCGCGAGCGGAAGAACCUCGCGCACGCGCAGUGAAAACCCAGGGCCCGCGAAGCGUCAGAAGUCCCUUCCCACCGCCCGGCUUCGCCUCCAGUUCUCGGGGAACUGUACGGCCCAGUCACUCCCGCCUCGUCACCCUCGCCAGGUUUCCCCCGCCCUCUCCGGCCGGGGCUGGUCGCGACUGCGCGCGCAGGGCCUAAGCGGGCGCCGGAGGGAAGGGGAAGCGGCGGGGUAGUAACAGAUUAUGGGCAACAGUCCUUUUAAUUAAUCUACUGUCAUCAUGGCUAAUGAGGACUGUCCCAAGGCUGCUGAUAGUCCUUUUUCAUCAGAUAAACAUGCCCAACUCAUCUUGGCCCAAAUCAAUAAGAUGAGAAAUGGAGAGCAUUUCUGUGAUGUGCAGCUGCAAGUUGGACAGGAAAGUUUUAAAGCUCAUCGGCUGGUUUUGGCUGCCAGCAGUCCUUACUUUGCAGCUUUGUUCACUGGAGGAAUGAAAGAGUCCUCAAAAGAUGUUGUACCGAUUCUAGGAAUUGAAGCAGGAAUCUUUCAGAUACUUCUAGAUUUCAUUUACACAGGUAUAGUGAACAUAGGUGUGAAUAAUGUCCAGGAGUUGAUUAUUGCAGCAGACAUGCUACAGUUGACUGAAGUUGUUCAUCUUUGCUGUGAAUUUCUGAAAGGACAAAUUGAUCCACUGAACUGCAUUGGAAUUUUUCAGUUCUCUGAGCAAAUUGCCUGCCAUGAUCUCUUGGAAUUCUCAGAAAACUACAUUCAUGUCCAUUUCUUGGAGGUUCAUAGUGGAGAAGAGUUCCUGGCACUUACGAAAGAUCAGCUGAUCAAAAUUUUGCGAAGUGAAGAGCUUAGCAUUGAGGAUGAAUACCAGGUCUUCUUAGCUGCAAUGCAAUGGAUUCUGAAAGAUUUGGGAAAAAGAAGAAAACAUGUGGUGGAAGUGCUAGACCCAAUUCGAUUCCCUUUAUUACCUCCUCAGAGACUUUUAAAGUAUAUAGAAGGAGUAUCCGAUUUUAAUCUUCGUGUUGCAUUGCAAACACUUCUGAAAGAGUACUGUGAAGUAUGCAAAUCUCCCAAAGAGAACAAGUUUUGUAGUUUUCUGCAGACAUCUAAGGUUCGACCUCGGAAGAAAGCAAGAAAGUACCUGUAUGCAGUAGGUGGAUAUACUCGGUUGCAGGGGGGUCGCUGGAGUGAUAGCAGAGCCCUCAGCUGUGUAGAACGUUUUGACACCUUUAGCCAGUACUGGACCACUGUGUCUUCACUUCAUCAGGCUCGAAGUGGGCUGGGAGUAACAGUUCUGGGAGGGAUGGUCUACGCUAUUGGAGGUGAAAAGGAUUCAAUGAUUUUUGAUUGUACCGAAUGCUAUGAUCCAGUUACUAAACAGUGGACAACUGUAGCUUCGAUGAAUCAUCCCCGCUGUGGCUUAGGAGUGUGUGUGUGUUAUGGGGCUAUCUAUGCUUUAGGUGGAUGGGUUGGAGCUGAGAUAGGGAACACCAUUGAACGAUUUGAUCCUGAUGAAAAUAAAUGGGAAGUAGUUGGUAACAUGGCUGUGUCACGCUACUACUUUGGGUGCUGUGAAAUGCAAGGUUUAAUUUAUGUAAUUGGAGGCAUCAGCAAUGAAGGAAUAGAACUUCGUUCUUUUGAAGUCUAUGAUCCACUUUCUAAGCGUUGGUCUCCACUUCCUCCAAUGGGAACCAGGAGAGCAUAUCUUGGUGUGGCUGCACUCAAUGACUGCAUCUAUUCUAUUGGAGGAUGGAAUGAGACCCAAGAUGCUCUUCAUACUGUAGAAAAAUAUUCCUUUGAAGAGGAAAAGUGGGUUGAAGUUGCCUCAAUGAAAGUGCCUAGAGCAGGCAUGUGUGUUGUGGCAGUCAAUGGUCUUCUGUAUGUUUCUGGAGGUCGAUCUUCCAGCCAUGAUUUUUUGGCUCCGGGUACCUUGGACUCAGUUGAAGUUUAUAACCCUCAUUCAGAUACAUGGACAGAAAUUGGUAACAUGAUCACCAGUCGUUGUGAAGGGGGCGUUGCUGUGCUAUGAAAUAUAAAGCAUAACAGAGCACAAGGAACAUUUUGAAAAUGCAGGACCUGACCUUUUGCAAAGCAAACAUAGAUUUGGUGAUAAGACCCUCUGAUUCUAUGAGUUUUCCAUGUAUUUGGUAGAUAAAUGACUAACGAGGCUGGGCACAGUGGCCUCAUGCCUAUAAUCCCAGCACUUUGGAAGGCUGAGGCAGAAGGAUCACUUGAGCCCAGGAAUUUGAGGUUGUAGUAAGCUACGAUCAUGCCACUGCACUCCACUCUGGGCAACAGAAUGAGAUCCUGUCUCUUAAAGAAAAAAAAUAAACUCAAGAAUGAUUUUUCUAAAAAUAUGAGUGAGAAUGGAUAUGGAAUAUAUCCCAAUUAAUAAAGAGCUCACACAGAUUUGCCAGGUUUACUAAUAAUAGGAACGCCAUUUAUGCUGUAGAAUUCUCCAGUUUAAAUGUAGACAACUCCUAUUUUACAAAUUUGUAGAAAUUAUUUACUAGAAGCUUCCUGGCAAAUAGUCCCUUUAGCUACUACUCCAGUGCAGUAUAAAUUGUAACAUAAAACUUUAUGUGAUAUAGGAAUAGUGUCAAUGACACCGUUUAAAGACCUCUAUAUUCACAAUUAUAUCCAGAGCAUAAUUUUCCAUGGCCAUAGUUUGAGCCACAGAGAAAGCCAAUGAAAUAGAUUCCUACUUUUAUUUAAUGCCAAGAGUUUUCACUAGCCCCAAACUUUUUAUUGGCAGCAGAUAUCCUAGGAGGGGUGUUUGGGAAAUAUCUAGCUAUUUUAAUAGAUAGAUACCUUUUUGCUUGAUGAUAAGUUUUUGCUUGCUCAUAUUUUUUGUCUUGAUCCUGAGAAUGCAAGUAAGGAAUUAAUAGGAGGUUCUUAGUGACCAGAUGUUGUAAUGGGCUAUACAGUCCAGCAGGCAGUAUGCACCUAGAAAUUUCUCCCUUUUUUAGGCUGGGCAUUGUGGCUCACACCUGUAAUCCCAGCACUUUGAGAGGCCGAGGUGAGACGGGAAGAUGGCUUGAACUCAGGAGUUCGAGACUAGCCUGGGCAACAUGACGAGACUCCGUCUCUACCAAAAAAAAUAUAAAAAUUAGCCGGACGUUGUGGCUUGUACCUGUGGUCCCAUCUGCUUGGGAGGCUGAGGUUGCAGGAUCACUUGAGCCCAGGAGGUCAAGGCUGCAGUGAGCCAAGAUUGUGCCACUGCACACCGGCCUGGGUGACAGCAUGAGAACCUGUCUCCAAAAAAAAGAACAAAAAGAAAAAAAAAUUUCUUCCUUUUUUGCUAGAUUGUUGUGACCAAAAUUAUCUGUUUGGCUUUAGGAAGAGGGAAUUUUAUUAGAUUAUCAAGCUUUGUAAAAUUUAUUUGUACUUGGGCAAACCUAAGUAAGAGCAUACUGCAAAGCUACUGCUUGGAUGUAGAGGGCUAAAUUGUAGGUACUUCUGAAACUUUUUAUAGAUACUGACUCAUAAGUGUAAUUUGAAAGUACCCCUUGACCCAAACAAAACUGCUUCUCAAAACUUCUCAUUUUCUCCCUGAGAAGCAUUCUAAAGAAUUGUUCUCUGUUCAUUUCUAAGAGAUUUACUGGAUGUAUGAUGGGGUUACUUUUAAGUUAUUUCUACUGGCCAGUUGGAGCAAUAUAUAUUAAAGGUCCGGCAUACAGUAAAAAAAUUUUUUUUUUGAGAUGGAAUUUUGCUCUUGUUGCCCAGGCUGGAGUGCAAAGGCGUGAUCUCGGCUCACUGCAACCUCCGCCUCCCGGAUUCAAGCGAUUCUCCUGCCUCAGCCUCCCAAGUAGCUGGGAUUACAGGCGCCCACCACCAUGCCUAGCUAAUUUUUUUGUACGGGGUUUCACCAUGUUGGUCAGGCUGGUCUUGAACUCCUGACCUCAGAUGAUCCACCUGCCUUGGCCUCCCAAAGUGCUGGGAUUACAGGCAUGGGCCAGCGUGCCUGGCUGCAUACAGUAAAAUUUAACUAGUUGACUUAAGGAUUUGAUGUCCCGUUUCUUCUUUUUUUUUUUUUUUUUUUUAGAUGGAGUCUUGCCCUGUCACUCAGACUGGAGUGCAAUGGUGCGAUCUCAGCUCACUGCAACCUCUGCCUCCCUGGUUCAAACGAUUCUUCCGCCUCAGCCUCCCGAGUAACUGGGAUUACAGAUGUGAGCCACCAUGCCCGGCUAAUUUUUUGUAUCUUUAGUAGAGACGGAGUUUCACUAUGUUGGCCAGGCUGGUGUUGAACUCCUGACCUUGUGAUCUGCCCACCUUGGCCUCCCAAAGUGCUGGGACUAUAGGUGUGAGCCACCGCGCUCUGCCGAUUUCCCAUUUCUUUGCUAAGGUCCUUCAGUAUAUUACUAUAAGCAUCAUCAACUUAUUUAGAUAGAAAACUUUUAAUUGCAUUAAUGAAUCAGGUAGCACUCAUAUCCAAAUUAUUUGGUUUAGGCUGGGCACCGUGGCUUAUGCCUGUAAUCCUAGCACUUUGGGAGACUGAGGUGGGCAGAUCACUUGAGGUCAGGAGUUCAAGACCAGUCUUGCCAACAUGGUGAAACCCCGUCUCUACUAAAAAUACAAAAAAUUGGCAGCAGGUGGUGGUACAUGCCUGUAAUCCCAGCUGCUGAGGAGGCUGAGGCAGGAGAAUCACUUGAAUCCAGGUUGUAGUGAGCUGAGAUCAUACCACUCACUGUGUUCUAGCCUGGGCCAUAGAGCAAGACUUUGUCUCAAAAAAAAAAAAAAACAAAAAAUAUUUGGUUUAGUCUACAACUAUCCCUUCCUUAUAACUUAACCAUAUGCAUUUAUUAGGAAAAGUUUAUGUAAUGCAGACAGGAAGCUCUAUGUUCCCUUCUCUGGGGCAUCCUGAACGUCUGAAGGGUCACAGAUGUCUGUGUAGAGAUCUGUAAGAUGUCAAAGAAUAAAGAUAAUUUAUAGACUAA